AUGCGCGGAGACCUCUUCGUGCUCCGCAACGCCGGCAACACCUGCACUCACGCAGAAGGGAGCAUUGUUGGCAGCUUGGAGUUCUGCACUGGCAAGCUGGGCGCCCAGCUGGUCCUGGUGCUGGGGCACACGCAGUGCGGCGCCGUGGCCGGAGCUACGAAGACUUACCAGGCAGGUGAGUCCAAGGCUCUGGGCAGUGCGUUCGCGGGUCUCUUGCAGGGCUUGGCGGGGGUGGCACAGCAGGCCAGCGAGGGCGGCUAUCACCUCGAGACGGGCCGAGUGGAGUUCUUGGGCUGCUCGCCGCAGCAAGCCGAUGCCCUGGCCAUGCUGAAGGAUGGCAACGAGCGCUUUGCAGUGGGUGCCCCCACAGCUGGCAAGGUCCACCAGAGCAUGCGCGCGGAUUUGAACAACAUGGGCCAGGCUCCCCACACUGCUCUGGUUGGCUGUGCGGAUUCGCGCGUGCCCCUGGAAACCGUCUUUGAUGCCUUUCCUGGGGCG